AAGGACGGAGCUCGAAAGACAACAACCAUUUGCUAUGAAUCGACGAUCAUAGACAUUUUCUUCACCACUUAUCCACCUCCGUCGCCAACACCUGAACGCAAGCUGGUAGAGAGAGACUCUCAAUAUUGCGACAUGCGAUAGCUAUUCUCGAGGUACAUUCCCUUUACCAACUUCGCCCUCGCUGAGCUUUUCGCCAGCUGCCGUUCGUUUUGAAUCAGUCACUCAUUUUAUCCGCUCGAAGCCCUACAUUUGCUCACCGCGCCGUCGUUCGCCGAUAACGCACACCAUUACCACUGUCGAGAAACACUCUACCCAAAAAAAUCGUCUCUGCGAACCAUACGAACCGACCAAAGCGAAUUGAAAACUAGUCCAGUCCACCACAUUACUUGAUGUACACAUUGAUCACUCCGGGAAAAUGGAAAGACCUGCGAAAAGGGUGAAAAUAUUAAACCCAGAAAUACGAAACCCACGCGAUACUGGGUCCAGAAUGACGGAAGGUCUAUUUACUUCAGAAAUGGGUAUCCGAGGAGGCGACCCUGACACGCCUAUUAUCGCAAGUCGCACUCUCAGCCUGUCGGAUUUCCAAAGAAGAAACAUCUACGGUCAAUACGAAAGAGUUCCUCGACAUAUUCAUCCGCGGGGCAAAGCUGGAAUCUAUCUCCGACCAAGAGCACCCGAUGCCACGGUCACCGCCAGUGUGGUUGAGAUCAAUGUCAAUGAUGGGACCUCCACCUCAAAACUUACAGAAGUGACUGCUGGGACGUCUGCUACGGUUGUUGCAGUGUCUGCUGGAGCCUCCGCAUCCGUAUCGGUGACGUUAGCUGGGGUUUCAGGCACAAGCCCGGCAGCCAGUGGCAGUACAGCCGAAUCAUCCCAACAAACAAUCACCUCCGGUUCGCAGACCGCUUCAACUUCUGCAACCGGAAGCCAGACUACUGACGGCUCAGCCAUCACAACAAACACUGCGUCGAGUUCUGCCGGGCCCAUCAUCAGCGAAUCGUUCAGCAACAGCACCACAUCAUUUCGAGAAUCGAGCAGUACUUCAGCACAAAACACUGUCACGGUCACAGCCACGUCGACUUACGAAGUAUCCUUGCAAAAUGGCACUCUCUUUGUGGCAGAGUCUACCACCAACAGUGUCUUUACCACCACAAAUUCAAAUGGCCUCACAAUCACCGAGACGACAAGCGAUGGGGGUACGACGAGUACCUCUGCUACAUUCACAUUUGGCGAGCUCACAAGUACUCCCUCAGUCUACUCGGGGACCUCCCAGACAUCUGGUGUUUCCGCGACCUCUACAAGCGAGUCUUCAUCAGGCUCUGCGGAUCUGGGGGCUGCUGGCUCCACAACAGCAUCAUCUGGUGCAGCGGCUACGUCGAGUUCGGCCUCCGGUACUUCAGGCUCUGGAGGUGGAAGCAGCACGGGCUUGACUCCUACGCAACAACAAGUGGUGGGAGGAGUGGUUGGAGGCGUUGCUGGGAUCGCAAUCUUGCUGCUUAUUGUGCUUGUCAUCCUUCGAUGGUAUCGCCGUCGACUGAAAGCACGCGGUCAAUUGCCCGAGCAGAUUUCUGCAAGGGAGCUCACCACCGGCUCGAACCCUUCCUACGCCAUGUCCCAACGAUCCUCCAAUGUACCCUUUGCUGCUGUUUUUGCGAACAGCUUGAAGCGACUUCGACCAAACAGCAUUCAAACAACCGAAACCACGGCCACUGGUGGCACAGACCCCAGCAUGAGAGAGUCGGAACGUGGAUUUCGGCGGAUAGCUGGGAGGAAGAUCGCUCCGGUGCUGGGUAAUAAUGGUGAUCCUUACGGGGGGAACUAUGGCGCCUUCGAGAAAGACACUCAUGCUGGUCCCUCGGAUCCACUGCGCAACGCGGACAGAGGCCUUGCUGGGUCUACCUUCUAUCGUGAUAGCGCAGGCUUCUAUGGCGGCGCGGGUAGUCACUCGCCCACUUUCCCCUCUUCACCGACAACAGCAACGCGUGGAAUAAUGCCCGGAUCAAGUGCCAGAGACUUUGCCGAUGCACAACAGAACAGCAGUCAAGUGUCAUUGACCACACCUAGCCGGCCCGAUGGAUAUGCUGUGAUGCGGCCAAGUCCUGCUCGAACUCCGGUCACUCUCAGUCCCGCCGCCAGUUUUAUCAGAUUGCCCAUUCAGCAGGCACCUGCUUUGGACGACGACGCGCCACCACUACCGACUGGGCUCUUGGUCCCUGGUCAAAGAGAUGGAGUUGGCCGAAGCUUGUCAAGUCACGACGGCAGCCAUGUGAGCAGAAGCAGUGCUCGCAGUGGUGGACGAUUCGUGGAAAACAUGUGAUUCUCUGCAAGAGUCGCCCAGUAUAAGCUUUAUUUUGUCCUUUUCUUUCUCUUGGUUUUAGCGAGGCGUAGGGCGAUUUG